AUGAACCACGCCUGCGGGGACAGAGUGAACCCAAACCCGCGAUUGCCCGAGUGCUGUGGAGGCCUUGAGAACGUGGACAUGUCUCAGAUGGACCUGGCACCAGUGCAAACACUCUUCAGACUAAUGGACUUCACUGAACCCACCUUUUGUGUGGCUGUUGCUGCCAUCGUCUUCAACCCUCUCUUCUGGAAUAUGAGCUCUAAGAGGAAAGGCUCAGGGCUGAAGAUCGCUGUUUGA